CUCCCAAGUACCACCACCCACCAUCAAACCCGCGCAACACCAAUGGCGGGCCAGCUUCCACAGCUCCAGCAAGCUACAAGGAAAACCCCCCACAAUGGGCCAGCUGAAAGCGCGCAACUCGACGGGCCCGUUCUCGUGGAAGGCCGCGGCGCUGUUUGUGGUGACGGGCGCGGCGAUGAUUAUCUAUUUCCGGGUGGAGAAGGAGAGGCUCGCGCGGCAGAGGGUCGCGGAGAUGAAUAAGGGGGUUGGGAAGCCGAAGGGGAGGGUUGUUACGGAGGAGGAGUUGAGGGGGAGGUAUUCUUUUGUCUACUUCGGCUUCACCCACUGCCCCGACAUCUGCCCCGACGAGCUCGACAAAAUGGCUGCCAUCAUCGACAACGUGAAGGCGCAGACCAAAGGCGAGAAUGUCUUCCUGCCGGUUUUCAUCACGUGUGAUCCCGCGCGCGACACGCCUGAGGUGCUGAAGAACUACCUGAAGGAGUUCCACGACGAUAUUAUCGGGCUGACGGGCACGUACGAGCAAGUGCGCAAUGUGUGCAAGCAGUAUCGGGUGUAUUUCAGUACUCCGCGCGAUGUGAAGCCUGGGGAGGAUUAUCUCGUGGAUCAUAGUAUCUACUUUUAUUUGAUGGACCCCGAAGGAGACUUCGUCGAGUGUAUCGGUCGCCAGGAUACGCCCGAGUCCGCGACGAGGGUCAUCAUGGAGCAUAUCAAUGACUGGAAGAGAGCGGGCAAGCCAUUGAAGAAGUAAAGCUCGGAUAUGUAGUAUAGUAUGUAUAAUAUGUACAACGAUAGACCCAAAAUAAGAAACAAAAUAAUCCACCCC